AUGGCGUACGUUGCCUCUGUCUACAUCCGACGAUACAUCAAGUGGCAGAAGGUCCAAGCUCUAGGAGGAGAAUCGCCGCGAGUCACGACACGGUUCUUCUUUGGCCUUGACUUUCCGGUGCACUCGACGCUGGCGAUCCUCAGAAAUGAGGCCCUGGAAUUCUGGGAAUGGAUCUACGAGCACACCGGCACGGACGCCAAUGGAACGGCUGCUUAUACCGCAGAGCUCCACAUCCUGGAAGACGUUCGUGUCUUGUUCACCGCCGAUCCAGAGAACACGAAAGCCCUGCUGACAACUCAAUUCCAAGAGUUCGGCAAGGGCGAAGAGUUCCAUCGGGAAUGGACAGACUUUCUCGGCGACAGCAUAUUCACGACCGAUGGCCAGCAAUGGCACAACUCCCGCCAACUGAUCCGACCCAUGUUUGUACGUGAGAAAGUGGCCGACCUUCCCCUGAUAGAGAGCCACGUGCGCAAGUUGAUCUCGCUGAUGGGAUCGGGUGACGGCGGUGCGGUCAUGUUGAACAAGCUGUUUUUCAGAUUCAGCUUGGACGCCUCAACUCAUUUCCUCUUCGGACACAGUGUUGGCAGCUUGGAUGUGGAACAGUCGGAGUUCGCUGCUGCAUUUGACGAGGUCCAGAGAGUGCAGUCCCUCGAAGGCCGACUCGGGCCUCUUAAACGCUUCUACAGCAAGAAAUCGUUCUAUGCUGGCUUGAAGACAAUGGAGCGCUUCAUUCAACCAUUCAUCACCGAGGCCCUGUCCAUGUCGCCGCAAGAGUUGGACUCGAAGCUUUCUCGGGCCGACACCUUCAUCCACGCCCUGGCCCGGUACACGAGAGAUCCCAAGGUCAUGCGCGAUCAACUCACAGCUCUCUUGCUAGCAGGGCGAGAUACGACUGCAAGCACGCUGUCCUGGCUCUUUCUGGAGCUGGCCAAGAAUCCCCGAGUGGUUGAGAAGCUCCGUGCAGAGAUCAAAGAGUUCCUAGGGGACGGCGGCCGACCGCCGACUUACCAGGAUAUCAAAGACAUGAAGUACCUGACGCACACGAUCAACGAGACGCUACGACUGUACCCAGUUGUGCCCUUCAAUGUCCGAUCAGCGCUAACCGAUACUUCCUUGCCGCGGGGUGGGGGCAAAGACGGAAAUUCUCCAGUCGGCUGUCCGAAGGGCACCAUCAUAGGUUACAGCACUCUGAUGAUGCAGCGGAGGAGAGACCUGUAUCCGCCGAUCUCACCGUCGUUCCCGUAUGACCCGCUGGAAUGGUGGCCAGAGCGAUGGGAGACUUGGACCCCAAAGGCGUGGAACUUCAUCCCGUUCAACGGGGGACCCAGAAUCUGCAUUGGGCAGCAGUUUGCUAUGGUGGAGAUGGGAUAUACGAUUGUCAGGAUCUUGCAGGAGUUUGAUCAGAUCGUGGACUAUGGAAGCAAGCGCACCCUCCACGUAGAGAUUAUUUUAACACCAGCAGAGGGUGUCAAGGUUGGGUUUAUCAAGAAGCAGAAAGCGAACGAGGAGGUAUAA